UUCCUGCCCAUUCCUCAAAGUAUCGAACAGCAGCGACAGCGAGUCGGCUUUAAUGGAUGUUGAAAAGUCUCGUUGGGUCGUGUCUCUUUUACUUUCAUCUCUGCAAAAUUUCGAGUCGUUGGGUUUUGCAAAUUGAGACUUUAACACCCCAUUUCAGUCGAACAAGUUUGGUGCCAAAGAAGUGGAACAGUUGUCAACUUUACAGCAUUUCAUCUGUACCUGAGAGAGGUAUAGGGUAACACAUCUCAAGAGAAAAAAUUCAGUGAGCUUUAUUGUCACUGCAAGAUGAUGAGACCAAGAUCAAGGUCCCGAGCUGGACAGUCGUCGAAUUUUCAGCGAUCCAGAAGCCGUUCACCGUUUUAUAAUAGGGAAAAGCACAACAGGUUUGAAGGUAAACCUUUUCGAGGAAACUCAUCCUACCAUCAGCAUGGAAGGCCUGAUGAAGUGAGACGCAGGGAAGAAUAUAAUAGGCCUACAAAUAUUUCCCCAAGAAGGUCUCCAGGACCUUACAAGCAUAGGAGUAGAAGCCAUUCUCCACAUCCUCGUGUUCAUCAUCAACAGAAUACUAGAAAGGGUGAUUUCAACAAUGAUAUUCGUAGAGAACAUAGGAGCCCAGUUCAUUAUGACACAAUGUACCGUCGAAGUCCCACUCCUCAAAGGUUGACAACGGAGCCUAUCCCAAAGGAUCGGUGUAUAUUCCGUGGACCUGAGGGUACGGUGAUAGACUUGAAUGAACUUAAGAAAAUCACUGUAGAUAUCCGGCGAAAUUUGGCGCGUGGUACGAUGCCAGCAUCUCACAGUCCAUUGCGAUAUGCAUUCAAUCCUUCAGAUGUUGUUCUAGUUCGAAGGCCUGGUGAAGGAUCGCGUCAAAUAUUCGACCGUGAAGAGUUGAAACCUCGACCGGCCGAGGAAAGAGUCAUUAAGUUGGCAGCAGAUUUACCAGAUAGAUUGGAACAUCAACAGCGUUCACCUUCAAGAAGCCAUGAUCCGUUUGCUGGAACUUCAGGUUCAUCCUUUCAGCAAGAUAGUCGAUCUGUAGAUGGAGACGGGGAAGGAGACUUGCGGUUCCGUUUGAUGGAGAAGAAAAGUAGCGAGGAAAAUAAGGAGCGAAUGAAUGCAGAUCCUAACUUCGUCCCUCAAGGCCGGUACUAUUACGAGCAUGACAAUCGUGAAAGGUACAUGAAUCGAGGAGGACGAGGCUUUGCCUUCCGAGGAAACGGAAGAGGCAACUACCAUUUAAAUCAGCAAGGUGGCAAUAGUGUUAGUGGAUACCGUGGAAACUUCCGUGGUGGUGGUGGUGGUAAUGGCGGCGGUCAGUACCGCGAAUCAUUCCGCGGAUCUUACCGAGGCAAAAUGCGUUCUCCUAAUUGGCAACAUGAUUUAUAUGACACGGCGCCAGUGCUGGAUGAUGGAAAGCCAAGUAGUACGACGCAGAUAUGAAAAGGUCAAUCAACCAUUCCCUUAAUACAAGAAAAAAAAAUCGCCCCCACCAAUCUCCCACGGUUCUCGAAACCUAUGAUUGGCAUCACCACAUAACAAUAGAGUUACAUAAUUUAGCAAUAAUUAUGUAAACCCCCCCCCCCCCCCACACAUCCCAUUCGAUUAAAGAUUACAAUGACGUUUAUUCCACAAA